GGUGGUUUUGAAAAUUUCUAACGAGAAAUGCGACGGCUGCGAAGAAUUGGAAAAUUGUACAACUCUGGAAGGCAGCAUACAAGUUCGAAUGGUAAGAAAGGCUAGCGAUGCAGUUAUGAAACAACUCCAGUUUCCGAAGUUAACUGAAAUUACUGGACACUUGCUUGUUUCCCUGAUGUACGGUAGGCGAAGCUUAAGAGAGAUUUUUCCAAACCUUGCCGUGAUUCGAGGGCGCCAAGUGUUUCUGGAUUAUUCGCUCAUUAUUUAUCAGAAUGACGGAUUGGAGGAAGUGAAUCUUCCCUCGUUGACUACGAUUCUUCGAGGUGGCGUUCGCAUCGAGAAAAACAUCAAUUUAUGUUACGUCGAAACUAUACGAUGGAAGUCGAUUAUGAGGAAUACGAAGGUCGAUGAAUACACCUUGGUUUUGAACUCAAAUAAUAAUGAUUGCUAUGAUAGAUGCUUCCAACAAAAAUGUACGCCUCCUGCUGGCCACGGGAGUUUAACAAAUCAGUACUGUUGGGCACCGGGUGCAGGUUCAAACGCUGAUUGUCAGGCAUUGUGUGACAUGAAGUGUGGUGACUCAGGCUGUGUAAAUGGAGGUCUGAUGGGAAAGAGCACCUCAUGUUGUGACAAACAGUGUCUGGGAGGAUGUACCAAAACCAACUCACCACGUCACUGUUAUGCCUGCAGAAAUUUCCGUAUGCCAAAAGGGGAAUGUGUUGAGAAUUGUGGCCGUCAUCUGUAUGAGAUUGAUGAGUUCAAAUGCAUAGAUGACUGCCCUCGUGGUUACUUGAAACUUGGAAUGAAGUGUGUGAAAGUCUGCCCAGCAGGCUAUAAAGAAGGAGAAAAUAAAUCGUGUUUGAAAUGUACAGCUGAAAAAUGUCCAAGGGUUUGUAAGACCAAAAAAUCAGACAAAACAACUGACAUCGAAUAUAAAAUACCAAUUGACUCUCUGGAGACUCUCAAUAAAUACAAAGGCUGCACAGAAAUUGAUGGAAAUCUGAUCAUUAAGAUUAGAGGCAGCGGUGGCUCAGGUAUUGGAACACAGCUGGAGGAGAAUUUAGGGCAAAUUGAAAAAGUGAAGGGCUACAUUGUGAUCAGAGAGUCCGCAUCUCUGACUUCUUUGAACUUUUUCAAGAAUCUGCGGGAAAUUCGUCCAAGAAAGUUCUUCCAUUUAUACAAUUUAUACAAUGAGAGGUAUGCCUUGGCCAUCCGUGAUAACCCCAAGCUAGAAGCCUUGUGGCCAUUUCAACAGAAUCUAACAAUAAUUGAGGGAGGAAUCAUGGUGCACUUGAAUCCGUACCUAUGUCCAAGCCAGAUCACUCCACUUAUCAAUGAUAUUCUGAAGUGGAAUAGGAAUGACAGUAACAGAGUUCUUGAUAUCUCAGACACCACCAAUGGAAACGCUGUAGCAUGUAAUGUUCGAAAGAUAAAUGUGACUGUAGAAGAAAUUACACUUCCAAGAUGUAACUCAGGUUGUGUGAAAGUGGAAUGGGACGACGCUAUCAUCAACGAUGAUUACAGAAAUGUCUUGUUUUACACUCUAUCAUACAGAGAGGCCCCAAAUAGGCAAAUAACAGAAUAUACUGAUGUGGAUGCCUGUAGCAGCGAUAGUGGAGACAUCUGGACGCGAAUUGAUCAUACAGUUCCGCCCCCAGAAGUAAAUGUUUCUAGAGGCUUGAUAACAAAGCGUCGGAAGAUUGAGAGGACAAUUAGAGAGCUGAAGCCGUAUCAACUGUAUGCCUUUCAAGUUGAGGCAGUUGUACUGAAGAACGAUGGUGCAAAGAGUGACUUGGUUUUUGUUAUGACAAAGGAGAGCAAGCCUUCCCAGCCGGUCGGUCUCGAGGCAAACUACCUCAACUCUUCUGCAUUACUUGUGACGUGGGAACCUCCGUUGUUUCCAAAUGGGAACAUAACCAAGUACAUUGUGAGUUACGAAAUAAGUACAUACUCUGCCUGGAAAGCUGAUUUGGAUUGGUGCAGUCGACAGGUGUUCAGUAACAGACUUGGUGGUAAUAACAAUGGAGAGGGAAGCACAGACAACACUCCUGAUGGAAACUGCGUAACAAAUUUGACUUGUACCUGUGACGAUAAGGAGGAAGAAAAAAUGAAACCAGAAAAACAAUCAGCAUUAUUCGCGAAGGAGUUCCAAGACGUCUUGUACAAAACACUUUUUACGAAAACAGAAGACGACAACGAACCUCCAACAAACAAAACUGUGUUAGCGACGACCGCACCUACCACAGGCUUAAACCAGCCGAACUGCAGUAAUAAUGCACAGAAUCCCAUGUGUCAGCCUACAACAGCACCAUCUGGUAAAAAGACAACAUCAUCCAAGUUGUCUUCCACAUCAGUUAAACCGACUUCCAUGAGACCCACAGUCCCAGCAACCAAGCCUAAUGCUUCUCUCGCUGUGGAUGGCAACGUUAAUAAAAUCCCUUUAACAAACCUGAGGCACUUCUCUGACUACACAAUCACUGUCUGUGCCUGCACAAAGGUUGGAUGUGCAACUGGCUCUUCUUGUGCCACCACAAAGGGAAUGACAAACAAAAACGAAACGGCCGACAAUCUUGGAGCACCCCUAAAAGUCAAUAUGGACAACAACACUGGAGAAUUUCGAUUAACAUGGGUUUCCCCAAAGGACCCAAAUGGAGUGGUGCUCAAGUAUGAUAUAAAGAUAACACAGUCGGACUCUCAACCUGAAUUCAAGUGUGUGAGUGGCAAACAGUUAACAUACCAAGAGAGAGUAGAAGAUGGAAACUAUUCUGCCCAAGUUAGAGCUAUUACCUCGUCCGGCAAUGGAUCGUGGAGUAACACUGUGUCUUUCUCGUAUUUCAUUGAAUCGCAGUCCACAGUACCUCCCAUCGGAGAAAAAGAGGCGUUGUCCCUAGGGACUAUUGUGGGAGCCAGCUUGGCUGCUAGUGUUGUGUUUGUGUUAGCUUGUGGUUUUGUUGUGUGGUACAUUGCUCGUCAAAGAUACAAGAGGUACAGCGAUGAACAGAUCCCGGGUGUACUUUAUGCCUCUGUUAACCCAGAAUACAUGACAUCAACAGACGUGUACAUUCCUGAUGAAUGGGAAUUCCCCCGAGAGAAAAUCAAACUGGUUCGUGAAUUAGGAAAUGGUUCCUUUGGGAUGGUUUACGAAGGAGAAGCUGAAGAUAUUACCCCCGGUGAUCAAAUGCGUAGAGUGGCUGUGAAGACUGUAAGUGAAAAUGCGUCGAUUCGAGACAGGGUGGAAUUUCUUCAAGAGGCGUCUGUUAUGAAACAAUUCUGUAGUAACCACGUGGUAAGGUUAUUGGGUGUGGUCUCAGAAGGGCAACCUACUCUUGUUAUCAUGGAGCUUAUGGAGCUGGGAGAUCUUAAGAACUUCUUAAGGUCUCGUCGGCCAGGGGAAGGAACUCUACCACCUCCAACGCUUCAAGAACUUCUCCAAAUGGCUGGAGAGAUUGCCGAUGGAAUGGCGUAUCUUGCGGCUAGAAAAUACGUGCACAGAGAUCUCGCGGCACGAAACUGCAUGGUAAACGCGGAUUUUACUGUUAAAAUAGGAGAUUUUGGAAUGACCCGUGAUAUUUACGAAACAGACUACUACAGAAAAGGAGGAAAAGGUUUGCUUCCUGUGCGGUGGAUGGCGCCUGAGUCUUUAAAAGAUGGUGUUUUUACAAGUUAUAGCGACGUUUGGUCAUUUGGCGUGGUGAUGUGGGAGAUGGCUACAUUGGCAGCCCAACCCUACCCUGGAAAGUCCAAUGAAGAGGUCCUUAAAUAUGUAGUAGACGGGGGAGUGAUGGAGAAACCUGAGGAAUGCCCUGAUAGGCUUUACGAGUUGAUGACACUUUGCUGGCAGUUUACUACCAAAGCCCGACCAACCUUUGUGUUUCUCAUUAGUGUGCUUGAGAACGACUUGUCUGAAGACUUCCGACAUCUUUCUUUUUACCACACUCUUCCAGAAGACCAGCUAAAAGGCCUGUUAAGCAGUCAUUACAAGCACAAGAACAGAGCUGAAACAACGGGCUCUACUAACAACGUUGAAUCGGCGGCUUAAUGUAUAAAACGAUGUUAAGAGCUGCCUUUUCGCCCUAGUUUAUUAUAACUAGAGCUCUUCACUGUCAAAACCUUGUGUUAUGUAUAGGACCUUCUACUAUUUCGAUAGGCGUUUUAUAAUAGCAACAAAGUAUGUAUUUGGAUGCCUUCUUGUGCUACUAUUUCCUCUGCCCGAUGAAAAAGUAUUUACGAGAAAUUUCGGACGUUUUUUAGGUCAGAACGUGUAAAGGUGACUUCCAAACUCCAGGGGAGUCUAGGAAAUAAGCUGUAUAUCCCUUGGGGAGUUGGAUUUUCACAACAACAUUCGUCGAUACCUGUAAGUAAAUUGUGAAAAAAAAAUGAAAAAAAUGAAACCCAACUUUCAUCCCGAGGAAAAGAGAAGAAAAAAAAAGCCCUUAGCUAAGCGAUAGUCUGAUAAAUUAAUAUGCUGUCUAGAUCAUUCUUUGGAAGUUGGCUCUAAGAAAUUGUCAUACAAAGAAAAAAGCUAUAUUAAAAUUAAAGUAUUCAUCUCUGUA